GCUCAUGAACUUGAUGUUGAUAGUAGUUCCACGAUACGGAGCGCUUUUAAUGACCGUCUGUGGGUUUUUGCUACUUGCUACGGUCUGUGGAUAUUUUGGAAUGUUACCAGAGACUCCAUUAGUCAUACACGUUGAAGGAGCUAAACUGAAUUUUGAAUUUGGAUGGUGCUACUGGCUGGUACUGAUUGCUGGUGGAAUUUGCCUUUUUGCUGGGGUCAUAAUAACUGGUGUUGAGAUAAUUUAUCCUCACAGUUUUUCAACAAUCCUAGAGGUCGAUUAUGAUACACCUUACGAUAGGCAUAUCAUAAUAGAAGACAGCCGGGGAAAGCGCUACCAGAAGAAGAAAACCAGUGAUGGAAGCAAACUAGAGGACCCUUCAGGGUCUUUCAGUUCGAAAAUAUUAAGGUAA